CUGGCGCUCCGCCCCUCACGGUGGACGCUGCGCAACAAGCCAAGGUAAGAGCCACUGCCCUGCCGCAGGAGUGGCAGCCAACGCGUGACGCGCGGCCUCCUCGAGGCCGUUUUUCUUCCUUUGAAAUGCGUCUCGUGCUUCUGUCUUUCGCGCUUCGACUUUUUCUGCGGGCACAUCCAACCGUUCGCCCUGCGUCUUCCGAGGAUUCGCCUGGCUUUUCGGCGCGCGCCGACCGAGGCCGGGUGUCGCCCAACACCUCAGAUCGGUUGACCUGGACUGCAUUUGUCCCCAUGCCGCAAAAAUUUCCUCUGCUUCACACAGCUUCCUUGGAGCUGAACCGUCACACAGGUUCAAACGACCGUGCUCUGACCCGAGCAGCAAACCCGAAAAACAGAACCUUUCGGAUCUGCACUGCUCGGUUCUGGAGCAACAGUCUUAGGUCGAGGUCCUGUGUCCUGCAACGACCGACACAUCGCUGACCCGCGAGGCGGCCGUUCUUUCCUCCGGACAGUGUCUUAGGACGGGAAGCGAAACCCCUGCAAACCCCUGCGGCCGUUGUCUUUUUUCGUUUCACUUUUGUGUCUUUUCUCACCUCGCACAGUCACUGGUCUCGCCGCGCCCAGCUGCCCGAUACCUCUCUUACCCAGGUCACCUUCCUCGCUCGCGUGUUCAGGCACAGAGGAGAAUCCCCGGCAGGCCCUUGAGGCUCCAGCCAACCAUGCGCUUCUCACGUCCGUUUGCCGAACCCUUCGACGAAGCGGGUGCUUUCCAGCGGCUCUGUGGACUCCUAAAUAGGGAAGUGAGCUAAAGUCAGGAAAGUCUGUCGCUCUCUUCCCAUCUUCGGCGCUGUUGACCGGUCCUCGCCUGCUGCGUGUGCACCUGGUUGUCCACGGACAUACACAUUUUGCUCCGUUGUUCCAGUGUCUGACUUUCGUCUCCAGUUCUCUUGCCAUCUGCAGUUGUUUCGCGCCUAUACGCCCCGCUUCACCUCGAGAGCGGUCUUGAAACAGCGAGGCCUCGGUUCCCGACGUGAACUUGUCUGCCGCAAAAAAAGCUUGUUGACCACUCCAUAUGAAUCUCGGCGCAGUGCCUGGCGCCUAAAAUACCGCUGCUUUGUCCAAAGAAGACUCGCAGCAAGAGACCUCGGCGUACACCUAAGGAUGAGUGGCGUCCGAAAGUAGAAUUUGUGGAGAAAUUUGCCCGCCGACUCGAGGCCUCGCCUCUGUCCGCAGUUUGUCUGUCUUGCCACACUUUGAGCAGUAGGCGUGUGUCUGCUGUGAAGACGCUACGCCUCGCUGCAUCCCAUACGCUUCUCUCGAGUUCUCCGCUGCGCCCACGCGUCUCGUCCCUCAAACUCGCCACCAUGCAAAGCAUUCAUGUGUCUUCGCCGCCUCACCAACGAGGCGCCGCGCCCAUGGCGAUCGAAGCGAACCUCUCGAGACUCUCGCCUUCCUCUGUCGCGCCUACCCAAUGCACACCCACCGCCUCUGGAUCGAUGUUCGCUGUCUGCACACCGCCCGCACCGGCGGUUCUUUCUGCUGGCCCCGCCGGUUCGCCCCCGAACACCCGCUUUUCUCCGAGCCAGCCUCGCCACGGCCAUCCGUCUCACCCAGUCUCGGUGGAUAGCAUCGCCAGCUAUCCGGGAGAACAGCCUCAGGGUGGCGCCGUGCUGGUGGUGAGCCAGCAGCCCAAGUCCCGGGACCGCUGCAUGCACGCCUUCGCAGCUGGCAAGGACGCCUUUCUCCACAGCCACGGACCCAGGCCUGAGGACGCUUCUCCAGGCGAAGCGUUUCCCUGGACUUACGAACCAGGGUAUUCUUGCGGGCAACCUGCAUGGCCCAGCCAGGGCGCACCGGCAAUCGGCGAGGGCCGCGGCAAGAUCGGAGCCGCCGACCGGCCCUUCGUGUCUCGCUACUCUGAAAGCGAACAACCGGGCCGCUGCCUCGACGACUACCGCUCGCCUGAGGGUGUCCAGGACCCCGCAGUGCCCAGACAAGAAACGGACAGAAAUUUCCUGCACCCGCUGCCGCCCGAGUCCGGAGCCCCGUCCGACGCCUCGUGUGGCCGAGUUGCACAUCCCCGACCCUCGAUGUCGGGGACCGUAUACUACGAGUCCGCAACGCCUUACCCAGGGCCAAACGUGAACUAUGGCUAUGCCUUCGCUCCGUCGUUCUCAGGCCCCGCGCCCUACACUGCAUGCACCCCGGUCCAGUCUCAACAGCGCUUCCCCGCGCCCUUCUCGUUCCCGGUCUCUGCCGACAACUCGUACAACUCGGCCUCGUCCUUUCCUCCUGCCUUCGCGCGCGUCCAAGAACCUGCCGCACUCUCGCCGUCUUCCCAAGGCUUGCCCCAAGACCCGCAGCUCCCCACCGGCGCCUCGUCCCCGAAACGGGGAACUGCCGGCGCGCGCAAGGCCCGUCGCAGAAGCCCCAAAGCCCCACGCCGCUCGCCCCAGGCCGGUCGCGCCUCCAAAACCGGCUCUGGCGCUGCGGGCGGCACUUCGCGCCCCGUCCGAGGCCUGCCGCUUCAGCAGCGCAAGCUGUACAGACACUUCGCUCGACAGACUCCCCGUGUCCAGGGCCUGACGUUCGACCACAACCAAAUCCGCUGGAUUUCGUACUGGAAGAACGACCAAGGUCGACAGAUUCAGCGUCACUUCCCCGUGAGUCGGCAUGGCUUUCUCGAGGCGCGGCGCCUAGCUCUGGAGGAGCGCAACCGAAUUUUGGGGUGGCCUCUUCACACAGAUGAAGCUGCGGAAGCGAUCGAGGCCCUCAAGGCUGCCGCGGACCCCUUCGUCCAGCAGCUCCUCAUGUGCCCUCCGUCUGUGAGCGCCUCGAGCGUCGCCGCCGGCCUGUCGGAAGGCGCCGCCUUCAAUGCAUGCACGGUGGUCGAUGGCGACCGACCCGUCGACCACGAGACUUCCACGGCCUCCUGGGCCGACGAGGAAGAGCGCCCCCUGCACAGAGCCCAGGGGAAGCUUGCAGGUGAGGCGCCGGAGCCCGAGGGCGAGAGAGGCGCGCUCGACGCCUCAGAUGCAGAAGAGUCUGGCGGGACCCAAACCGUGUUGGGCGGCGAAGAGGCAGGAGAGAGGAGUCGGGAGAGCCGCGGAACUGAGCCCAACGCGAACCUGCCUCUGGGGCCUGCGGCGUGGAGCCGGGGUGAGCCGGACGAGGCUCGAGAAGAAGAAGUGUGUGGAGACUCGCUCGUGAGACCCCAGGAGGCCUCCGACCGCGAGGCGGCUAGACCGGUCCAGUCCACAGCCGGAGAGGCAUGCUCGGGUCCCCGAGCGUCGCAAGAAAGCGACUGUCCUCAACAGACAGAGUGCGACAGUGGCGCAGGUCUCGAUCCGAUGGUGGCCAGCUCCUUGGGGUUCGCGCGGGCAGCUUGCGAAACCGUCUCGCCUGAUCCAGGGAGCCGCAGUCCUCCCGCCUCGUCUCCGAACCACAGCGGACUUGCAGAGUCGUCGCCGCCGCUUCCACGGGGGUGCCAAACGAUGCCGGAUCACCCGGGGCCUUGUGCCUGCUCAGCUUCUUCUGAAGGGUGCGCCUCGUCCGUUGCUGCAGGUCCUGGACCCAGCUUUGCAUCGAAUUCAGAUCCUUCGUCGUCUCACGAAGCCAGACCUGGUACCGCGCCCGGUUCUUCAGGCUUUCCUUCCGGGGACUUUUCGGCUCCAUCGGGUCCCGACUCUGGCGCCGGCCCGCGGGCGGCGAAGCCGAAGGCACCUCGACGCCCCGCCGCUCAUCCAGCUGCGCGCAAGCAGGGCGAGGGGGUGAGGAAAAGCAGCGGCUCGCGUCGGCGAAAAGUGAAGGCUUCCAGUCCCUUCCUCGCUUCCUCUGGACUGCCUUCAGCGUACUCAGUACCCCCGCCGUCGCCAGAAGUGACACCAGCUGCUUCCGACUUCUCACCGUCCCCCGUGGAGCCCGACACUCUCGAGGAGGGCACAGGCUCUGCACUAUCGCUCCAGCUAGCUGACGCUCACGCCUUCCUUCCCCGCGGCGAGACUUCUGCGCCUUGUCUCUCUGCUCGCGCUCCAGGCCCUGCGACUCCCGACCUCGCUCCUGCCGCCCAUACUCCACACAGCCUGUUCAUGCCGGUCCCCGAGGGGGCCUCGAGACCCGCGCUUGCGGGUCCUGCGUUUCACGGGAUGGGGGCGGCGGCGCUGGGGACGCAGGCGGAGCAGGCCUUUCGAGUGAGCGCGGCAAGGCCUUCACAGCCUUUUCCUGCGUGUGGAACUCCCUUCCAGUCUGGAUAUCUCUCGUCUCGCUUCUACCCCGCGCAUGGAGACUUUGACCCGUUUACACUCUUCAACGCCCAGCUCGGCCUGUUCUGGGAACAACAGGAGCAGCAGCUCCUUCAACUCCAGCAACUGGAACACCAGGCGGAAGUUGUGGCUGGAAAAGUCACUUCUCGGAAGCGGAGGCGCGGGGACUCGAAGGGUGCAGGGGGCCGCGCGGGGGGUCGCGGGACCCGCGGGCCUCAAUCGAAACCCCGAGAGCGGAAGAAGAGCACCUCCACCAGCAGAGCGGCCGAGCAAGGCGCGUCUUUGCAUGCACACGAUGACGCCGCGGAGAGUGAGACGAAGAGUCGCGCCGACGCCACAGAAGGCUGUGAAGCCUCAGACGAGGAGCCCGCGCGGUCGCGGUCGCCGGGAUCCCGGCGCUGCGCCUCGCCUUCCCAGGCUCGCGUUUCAACGUCAGCAGAGCAGGCCUCGCCGGCGAGGUCAUCCCCCUCUUCUCACUCGCUGCCUUCGUGCUCGAGGUCUCAGCUGCCUUUCGCUUCGGGAUCCGAAGGCUCUUACCAUCUCCCAAGUCCGACAGCAAGUCUCCCCACACAUGCAGGGCAUGCGACUCACUCAGGAACUCAUCCAACCGCAGGUGGGGCGCGUCUCCCUUUCUUGACUUCUUUUCUCGACGCAGACCGGAUGAGCCACGAUGAACAGCGCUUUCCAGACCUCCAGAGCCCUGCGGCAGAGAGCGGCGCCCGACGGUUCUACCGAGGCGAGACUGAGGACGGGUCUGCUGGAGCUCGAGGUCCCGAGAGCAGUCGAGAGGAGAACACGGCGCAUGCGAGCGCGACCUGGGGAGUGGAGAACCUCGGGACAGGCGCGUACCCGAGAAGAGAGCUCCCUGCCGCCUUCCAGUCUCACAGCUUGUCUGACGUCGCUUGCGCCUUGCCGGAGAGCCCCCGAGCCUCGUUUUUCUGCGGGGCCGGGCCAGCGGGUCCUGGGGGGUCGCGGGCGGCGUCCACGACCGCGGAGGCGCCGUUCCUCCCCACGACAACGACUGCGGACGGGUGCGGGUCCCAGCUGGCAUGUUCCUUCGGCUCUCAAAAAGCAGGCCAUGUGUCGAAAAGAAGGAACUCGGUUGGGCUUUUCUCCUCUCUUUCGCGGUCAUCGACGACCUUCGACCUCCUCCCUGUGACGCCUGCAGAGCCGCGCGAAGACGCGCUCCGCAUGCCUCGAAGAGGCGACGGAGACCAGAGAGACGAGAGAGACGAGAGACGAGGGAGUUCCGAGACCGAGGACUCAGCGAGGGCUGCCCGAUUCGAGAAGGAAGCUGCGUUUCGGACUCCGGAGCAGACCUACGCCGAGUGGCUGAGACCCGCGAGAGACGCCGGAAACGCGGACGGGAACAGCAGACGGCAGAGCGCCUGUGCAGCAGACUCGAAGGAAGCAGGCAGACGAGAGCAAGUGGGCGCCUGCGAGGAUCACGGGGAGAGUGGAGCCUCCAGUGUCGAGACGCCAGACUCGACUGGGGUGCUUCCCAGUGGGGUGAGCUCGAUGUUCCAGCUUCCAAGUUUCAACAGAUGCGAUACCACGACGACCGACGACGCCUUCGGGGCUCCUCUGUCGUUUCUGCCUUCCGUGUCGCCUCUGUUUUUCCGGGACCUUCAAAAGGCGACUCCACAUCCCUCUGUCGAGAGCGCCCACCUGGUCGCUCCUCCAGCGACGCUGCGGCCCGGCUCGCCAUCACGGACUUCCGGCCCCGAGCCCCCUGAAGGAGACAGUCUCCGCGGAGGCCCUCGAGCGGCGGCUCCGCCCUUUGACUUCUAUUCGGGAUUCGCUGCCGUCAGUCCCCUGGCGCCUGCGGCCCAGACAGCGCCUGCAGUUGCCUGGGGGGAGCGCGGCGCUGGGCGGCUUCCAGAGGAUGCCAAGGAGAAGGUGUGGGCCCAAGAGCCGUUCUUUUCUCCGUUGAUUUCCUUCUCUUCUUCCUCGACUUUCUCUGGACAGAAACUGAGACGGGUCAGCUCGACAGACGGCAGCGUUCCGUUCCUCGCGGACCGGCUCUUCGAGGAGGCACACGCUUGGGCGCGCUCGUGCUUGCCCGAGACCGAGGAAGAGAGAAGAAGAGAAGGAAAUAAGAGACACCGACGACGCUCGGGCUCCCUCUCUCUCGCGAGACGCUCCUCGUGGACAUCCGCCUCCUGCUGCUCUCCGCGGUUCCUCCGGGACUCUCUGCUCGCUUCCACCGUCGUUGGGCCCUCUGGCAAGGGGCCUCUUCUCUCUUCGCGAGAGCUCGGCAUCGCUGGCAAAGAGACACCUGUCUCCCGAGAAGACAGUCUUUCGAGCGUUUUUUAUGGGAAGCACAGUGACACGUUGGAGGCCUCAACUGCCGGCCUGCCUCCUCUGCGCCCGCCGCUGUCUCUGCUGUCUCCGAGGCGCGUAUCCUAUACGGGAGACAGUCCCUUCGACUUCUUCCAGCUCUCCCACAAAGAGAAGCGAAGCACGGGUCCGAGCAAGUCCCGCCUGUCAUCUUCCUCUUCGAUUUCUGCGCUCUCUUCUCUCGCGGCGCUGCCCCCGCUUUCCUCGCUCUCGUCUCCUUCCUGCCUCUCUUCUUCUCUCUGCGCCUUCUCGGCAACGGGUCUCGCUGCCCAGGCCGAGAGCAUGACGCGCCUGAUCUCUCUCGGCGACACUCGCACUGUCUCCUCGGUGUCCGCGGGGCUGCUGGUCGACGCGGGGCGACGCGACACCGCAUUUCUCAUGCGAGAAGAGACCGGCGAGCUGUCGGCGUUCGAAGAACAUGAAAAGUCUUUUCUGGACGUCUAAGAGGGCGGCUGCGCUCUGCAGGUUUCUCUCCCCGCCCUUGGGUACCUUCCCCCCAACGCUUUCGGGCCUUCUGGGGACAGUCUGGGGGCGCUCAAUGUCCAAUCGCGAGUACAGACACCCGAAGGGAGGAGAGUCUCCGCAGCUGCGCCUUUCUUUUCUGCGCGGCUUCGCCGUGACGGAGUCCCUCCUGUUCCCGGCUCUCGGGGCUGGCGCAUCGGGAGUUCCCCGCUCGCUUCUCUCGUAGGCUUCUCGCGACCGCACAGGAGGCAGCGACCUCGCACUCUCUGUCCGCCAUUCUUGUCGCUCUUCGGUCCACCCAUGCGUGUCGAGAGGAAAGAAAGUGGAAGGCGAAAGCAGGCGAGGCGCAGAGGAAGAGAGAGACGCAGAAGAAAUUCGGGAGCACAAUAGAGAAGGGAGGUGCAGGCGAACAGAGGAUGAAGAAGACCUGACAUGAGAAGAGACAGACGAGAAGCAAGAAGAGCAAGAAAAGCAAGAAGAGAAAGAAGGAAAUAGAGCGAAGAGAAAGAACGUUCAGAAAGGGAGGAGCUGUCGAGAAAGGAGACGAAGGAAUGACCCAUUUCGAGCGCGCAGGCCGUGGACAGAGAGGCGCGUUUUAGAGGGAGUAAAGAAUAACUUUGCGAGAUUUGUUCUGUGAUUUGUGGCGUGUGCCUUGAGAGGCGGUUGUUCCAAAACACCCCACAGAGCCGACUCUUGACGCAGCGGAGAAGAAAACAGGAAGCAACGAGCUCUUGUCUCUCUGGAAACUCGCUGCAUGGAAACUCUGUGGUGAAGGCGAGGACCUUCCCUGAACAGCCCCAAUCUCAGGUCUUUGUCUGCUAUCUUUGUGAUUUAUUUCUUCUUCGCGCGUCGCCGAACCUCGUUCAUGUUUCCCUUUUUUGUCGGUGGCGGUUCAUCGUGAUUUGCGUUUCGUUCGCUCAAGAGCGUCGCCGUCUCAGCGCCGGGACCGCCUGUCUGAGAGCGAGGAAGCUGUGUUGCCUUCAAAGGCCUUCAAAGGACGUCCAGUGUCGAAUGCUCUUUUCUCGCGUAAACUACGUGACUGCGUUUCUCGCAAAAUGCGGCAACAGAACCCAUUGAACGAGGACUUAACGAGGCGCGAAAAGCAGAGUUCAAAUCUCUCAC